AUGAGUACGAGAACUCUUCGUUGGAUUGUGUUAUGAACUUUUACAAACGUCGUAUUGGUAUAUCUUCUUAAAUUUCUUUAAAAGCUAACACAAUGUCUUACGCAGAACUAUCAGAAGAUGAUGAUAGUUUUGUACUAAAUGAUGAAACUGAAGAAAAGACGUUACCAUUGAAUUCAAUUAGUAUAAGCAGCGACGAUGAAAAUCGGGGCCCAGCUGUGGUAUAUGAACUUACUUCGGAUGAAGAAGAACCCUCUAAUACGGUCGAGUUACGUAAAAAGAAGCAGGAAUUAAUUAAAAAUCUAUUUCCUAAUACCAAACCAAACAUUGAAAGAAAGGCACAAGUAGCUCCAGAAAUACCUAAGCCACAAGGAUUUGAACAAAUGAUUGGUGGCAUUAAAGUUCAUAUACCAGUUAAACCUUAUGGUUGUCAGACAGCUUUAAUGUUUAAGGUAAUAACUGCAAUUAAUAAAAGUCAGAACUGCUUACUGGAAAGUCCUACCGGAUCUGGCAAAACAUUGGCUUUGUUAUGUGGUGCGCUGGCAUGGGUUCGUCAUGAAAACAAUCGUAUCAGUGAGCAGUUAGCCCAGGAGUUGGUCAGCCAGAACGCCGAGCUGAAGCAAGUGACGGCGGCGGCAGGCUACGUGUCAACACCAGUACGUGAUAAAUCCAUCACACCAGAAAAGUAUUUCAACAAACCAGUAUUUGGUCAAAAGAGCAUUUAUGAUGAGGCGUCACAGUGCCCCAAGGAUGCAAGUAAUCGAGCUAGCAAACGCCAGGAUUGUCCUGACACCAGUACGGAAGAAAACAAUGAGGCGGGUCUAGUAAAAAUCCAUAAGAAGCGACGCUUGGGUGCCAGUGAACUGGGUAUGUUUUGCGAGUCAUUAUACGACUCGCAACUACCCUCUACACUGGCGGGAACAGAGCUGCCUUCUACCCCGGAGAAGAAGAAACAAACUCCACAACCUGACACUCCUCAAAAUGUCCGAGUGCUGUACAAUCUGGUGGACAACCUCCGACUGAGGACGUCGAUGCUUGUUGAUUGCAGUGUACCAACUAUAUACUACGGGGCUAGGACGCACAAGCAGCUGCAGCAGGUGAUCAAGGAAUUCGCAAGGACGGACUACUGCGGCCAGCUCCAGAUGACGGUACUGUCCAGUAGGGACUAUAGCUGUGUACGGGAGUUCGACAAGAAGACCUGGAGUACGAGGAAUGAUAUGUGCAGGGCUUGUGUCAAGCCAUAUACAACAAAAUCAAUAGAACAGAGGGCGGAUUCGAACUGCAAGUACUACGACAACAGAGGUUCACUCAACCACCAAACACUACCUCCUGCUUUUGAUCUAGACGAGCUGAUAGCAAAGGGAGAGGAGAUAAGGGCGUGUCCUUACUACGCGGCGCGCGGUAUGGCGGCCAGCGCGCAUAUUGUGUUCUGCCCUUACAACUAUCUUAUUGAACCUAGCAUUAGGAGUAGUAUGCAAAUCGACUUGUCAGAUAAUAUUGUGAUAAUAGAUGAAGCUCAUAAUAUUGAAGAUAUCUGUCGAGACGCCGCCACAUUUACCUUCACUAGAGAUAACGUACAAGCUUCUAUUAAGGAGUUGGAGGUGGUGGCCGGGUACAGGUUCGCGAAUCAAGAUGCGUUACGUUAUGUCGAGUUCUUACUGCGAGCGUUCAAAGGUUGGGAUGAUUGGUUCGUGAACCAAACACCAUUUAUAAACCAAAAACCCAUGACCGGUAACGAAGCGGUGUUCACUUGGGCCGCAGAAAACUUCGUACAAACUCUAAACAAUCAUAAUAUAGGACAGCAACAAUACAAGGAUUUCCAUCAGAACGCGGAGUUAUUCUGUAAACGUUUUCGUGAAGAUCCGCGGACGUUGCUGGGAGUGACGCAGACCACAGCCACCCUUGUAGAGAACAUGGACACUGUCUUAGGUUAUUUAUUCCGUUGUGAGGGUAAGUAUAUGGACGACUUCACGCCCGCUCUCGUACGUACUGUGACCGGACCUGAUUCCUUCUCUUGGAGACAGUCACAAUUCAAUAAGUCUAUAGAAAAGGAGACAUUAUCACUGCGCUUGUUGUGUAUGAACCCGGCGGUGGUGUUUGAGAGUCUGAAGGUAGCUCGCUGCAUCAUCCUCGCCUCCGGUACAUUGACUCCUCUGAUCAGCUUACACUCGGAGCUGGGAACUGACUUCCCUCUCCAGGUCAGCCCCAACCACGUCAUACCACCGGACAGGGUGUGGAUAGGGUCUCUGUCGACGUGUCCCGGCGGAGGCAGACUGGAGUGCAGUGCGCGAGGCGCGGGGGAGACGCGGGUGCAGGACGGUGUGGGCGCGGCGCUGCGCUGUGUGUGUCGCGUCACUCCGCACGGCGUGCUCUGCUUCCUGCCCUCGUACACGCUCAUGAACAAACUCGUUAACCGAUGGAAGGAGACAGGCUUGUGGGGGGAGCUGAAUGAACUAAAGCAGGUGUUCAUGGAGGCCAGAAAUGCCAGAGAUCACAGUGACGUCAUGGAGGAGUACUACAGCAGCGUGUGUGGAGGUCGCGGUGCUCUGCUGCUGGCGGUGUACCGCGGGAAGGUAUCUGAGGGUAUGGACUUCAGAGACCACCAGGCCCGAGCUGUCGUCACUGUGGGAGUUCCCUACCCGAACACAUACGACAUGGCGGUGAAGGAGAAGAUGAAGUACAACGACCGUUACAGCGCACAGCGACAUCUGUUGUCCAGCAGCGACUGGCUUCUCGUGCAGGCAUACAGAGCUCUGAACCAGGCGGUGGGUCGCUGUGUACGACACAGAGGUGACUGGGGCGGGGUGCUGCUGGUUGACGCGCGCUUCUCCAGCCCGCACUACACACAGCAUCUCUCCAAAUGGGUCCGAAACUUUUUGGGCAACAAUCAUCACACAUUUGAGAGUUUAGUCAACAGUCCUAACAGUCUUGAGUCCUUCAUGCAGACUAUGACCCUCAGGGAGAGUGAAGAUAUCUAGAAAUUUCUACAUACAAUGGAAGUUUCUAGUUACAAAAAAGUUUUUAUAACUAAAUACAAUGUUUUGUUAAUUGUUUCGUCAGUUGAAAACUAUGAUAACUUUGUAUUUGUAAUUUUUUUAUUGUAAAUCGAAAUGUUUUAAUAUUUUUAUUUCUGACUUCUCUGCAACUUGGUCCUUUGAUGGCUUUUAUCGUUUGUUUCCGAGACUAAAUCAUCAAUUUCAUCUUUAACAAUAUGUUUUAUACAAGGAUUUUGGUCUCAGAAACCAACUAUUAGUGAGGAGAUUUU